AUGAAUUAGAAAUUUAAAUUAGAUGAGAAAAGACAAUCGUUACCAUUAGUAGUUAGAAAACCAAUAGGAGUUAUGAAUUAUAAAUUGUAUGAAAGAUAUCAAGAAUCAUAAAAUUACUAUUACAUAAGAGAUAUUAAUGAGAUAUUAAGUGAUGGUUAAACAAAAAUAGUGAUAAAUUUUAAAGAUUAAAUGGCGAUAGAUGAGGAUGUAUAUAAACUAAUAAAUAUAAUUAGGAAGAAUAUCUUAAGAGAUAUUAUUAAUUGAAGGAAUUUUGUCAAAAAAUAUAGUUACUUACAGAAUAUUAUAAAGUAUAUCAUUGAUGUGAAAUAGUUUCAUAUAGAUAUUGCACGAAUAUUCAAAGAGCCAAUAUGUUCUAUAUUAAAUAAAUAUUAUGAUAAGAAAAGAAAGUAUGAUUAUUUUAGGAUUGCUAAAAUGAUUGAAGAAGAGAAUAAAUAGAAUCCAAAUAAACCACCUAAAGGGAUUGUAGGUGAACGACCUUCUCCUGCAAAUUCAUAAGAAUCUAUAACUUAAGAAAAAGAUGAAAAAGAGGAUUAGAAUAUUAAAAAUAUUUAAAUAUUAAAAGAAUUGAGUUGGUUAAAAGUAAGACUUUACCAUAUAACUACAUUUAGCAUGACAAAACAUAAUGUAAAGAAGCCUCUCAAACAAUUAAUCAAUUAUGCAAAUAUAUUGGUUCUGGAGCAGAAUAAUCAUCUUUGUCAAUAGUUAAAUUUUCUAAUUAAGAUUAAGUAUCCUUAAAUAAUUUUCUAUAAUAUAUUGGAAAUAAAGCCAGCAUAAGUUAAAAAACAUCUAUUACAACUAGAUAAUCAAAAGAAUUAUUUAUUUAAGAAUUGAUUAUGAAUUAAAAAGCUAAAAUUUAAUAAAAGGAUAAUAAAAGUAAUAGUAUUCAUUAAAAAAAUAAUACUAAAUAUAGUAUAGGUUCAAUUAUUGAAAUGAGGAAUAAUUUUGUUAAAGAUUAAUUUAAUAAUAUAUCAAAAAAAUCUAAUAGACAAGCAUCAACUGAUAUUAUUGAAAGUGGAACUAAAUUAGAUGAUAAACCAUAAGAAAUAGUUAAACUUAAAUCUAAAACUUUAGUUAAUAAAAAUUAACUUAAAAUUAAUAAAUUCAUUGGUGAUUUUAAUUAAAAUUCUCCUACUCUUUCUUUACAUAAGAAAUCUAUAGGUUCUACAUUUUUAAAACAAUAAUAAUAGCCCAUUAUAUAAUUAUAAAAUAAUCAAAAAAAUAAUUUAAUUAAUAAAUUAUUACUUGAAGAAGCAGAAUAAUAAUCAAAAUUAAAAAAUGGUGCUAUUACACAUAGACCUUUAUCUACUACAAAUGCUUUUUUUGGUUCAUAAUCAAAUAGAAAUAGUCCUUCUAUUAACUAUAAAAAAUUGACUAUUUCUAAAUAAAAGAAAGAUGAUUUUUUUUUAAAUUAAAAACUUAAAACUACAAAUUCACCUCAAAAAAAUAAUUAACUUGGAUUAUUUGCAAAGAAUCUAUUUAAUAAAAAAUAAAAUAUUUAAAAAUAAAAAAAUUCUAAUCAUAUAAAAUAAAAUUCAAAUUAAGAAAAAGUUCUUAAUUUAAAUAAUAAAUAAAAACCUAGUUUUAUAAAUGAUUUACUUGAAAAGAAAUAACAUAAAAAAAAUAAAUCUGAUGAUAAGGCUUUUUCUAAGAAAUUUUCAGUUCAUGAAAUAGGAAGUUUGACUGAUAGAAAUGAUAAAGAAAUAAAUUAAUUAUUGAAUAAAAUAAAUUAACAUAGUUCUCCAUAAACUUAACAUUUUAGAAGAUUACAUAGUGAAAAAUAAGAAUCUCUCCCUUGUAAUAUGAAAGGGAUACUAUUUUAAUCAAUGUUGAAAUAAUUAGCUAAAUAAAAUCUAUAAAUUUUAUAAAAAUAAGAAUCUAGAUCUCUAAUUAAAAGUUAAACAAAAAAGUUUUGA